UUCAGUAAUCAGUUGAUGAUUUGACUUUUGAUUACUGCAUUUGAGAUGCGAAUAAUUGUGUACAUUUUAUAAUUUUGUUUUUAACAAAACUUAUAUUCCCAGUUCAGUAAAUAUGGAGGAAGGAAACUCAAUAAUCUAUGGACUUGAACAUCAGACCAGAGCCCUGUCACCACAAUAUGGCGAAAGUGAUGCUAUACGGUUCCUUAUUGGCACGCAGAGCUUGAAGCCUAACACCAAUCAAGUGCAUGUUGUUGAGCUGGAGGAGGACACAGGAGCUCUGCAUACUAAGGUAUUCAAACAUGACAUCGGGGAGAUAUGGCAUUUACGCUGCUCGCCUCACGAUGCCGCCACGCUCAUCACAACUCAUAAUUCCUACGACCUUGAUACAUGCCAGUGUACGAUGGGAGUUUCUAUUUUUAGGCUUCCUUCUAUUGAGGUAAUACCAAAAGACCUUGACGAUCUCAGUGCAAUGCAAAAUCGGAAUGCAGAAGAUAUGGAAUUAUUGAAAACGAUUACACCGGAAAAACCCGAAGAAGAAAUACGCUGCGCCGAAUGGCAUCCGACGGACGCCAACCGUAUCGGCAUCGUAUUAGACAACUACGUCAGCAUUCGGGACUCGAGUACCGGCGAGCAAGUGGCCAGUGUCGCACCGGAGGGCAGAACCAGGCUCAAGUUCACCGGCGGCAAGUGGAGUCCGCAGGGGCACAGUCAGUUCACAGUACUCCAGGACACGCAUAUAAAAUGUUUUGACACACGGACGGACUGCAGUAAGCCCGCGUGGAACAUUGAAAGUGCACACCGACAAUUGGCCAGGGAUAUAGACUUCAAUCCGAACAGACAAUUCCACUUAGCGAGUGCUGGAGACGACGCCGCUCUUAACAUAUGGGACUACAGACACGGGAAGGAGCCUAUAUUCAGCAGGACUGAUCACUCGCAUUGGGUAUGGACAGUGCGGUACAACACGUACCACGAACAACUGCUGUUGACCGGCAGCUCUGAUGCCAGGGCUCUGCUGACAGCUGCUGCCAGCAUCUGCGACGUGGACGACGAUGGAAAACGACUCAGCCAAGUCUUAGAAGACGGCGUGCUACAAUCGUACGAGCAACACGAGGACUCUGUUUACUGCGCCGAGUGGAGCGCCGCGGAGCCCUGGACCUUCGCCUCGCUAAGCUACGAUGCGAGGCUAGUGCUGUCCAGAGUUCCCAGGCACUUUAAAUAUAAGAUUCUAUUGUAAUUAAGUAACUUUAUAAUUUAACUCUUUAAUAAUAAACGUAUAUUUGGUAACA